AUGUCGCUCGAGAAGGACAAGAAGGACCCCCUCGACUCGCCCGGCCUCGACGCCGUGCCCGUGCUUCUCUCGCCCCCAGCAGCCGAGCCACAGCGUACCUGGCGCUCGAUCAUCUGGCCAUCGCUCGACCUGCCGAAGGAGGAGGCCCGCUUCCUCCUCAAGCUCGACCUCACCCUCCUCUCGUCUGCCGCGCUCGGCGUGACUAUCCGCUACCUCGAUCAGGUCAACCUCAUUAACGGCUCGGGCAUGAAGGAGGACCUGGAGCUGUUCGGCAAGGAGCUGAACUACGCCGCGGCCUUCUGGUCGGCGGGCUACGUCUUCGGCCAGAUCCCGUCCAACCUGAUCCUCACGCGCGUCAACACGUCGCUGUACGUCGCGUUCCUCGAGUUCGCGUGGACGGUGGCGACGUUCGCGACGGCGGGCAUCAAGACCACGAACCACCUGUACGCUGUGCGGUUUUUGGUUGGGCUGUUCGAGGCGGGCCACUUUGGCGCGGUGAUCUACGUCUGCAGCUCGUGGUUCAAGCCGCAUGAGCUCGCGCGCCGCAACACGAUCAUCCAGGUCGCGACGCAGAUCGGGCCGCUGUUCUCGGGGUUCCUCAUGGCGGCGGUGUACUCGGGUUUGAACGGCAAGCUGGGCUUGGCGGGCUGGCGCUGGCUGUUCAUCAUCUGCGGCGUCAUCUCCCUCCCGUGUGUGGCGUGGACGGCGAUCGCGAUGCCCAAGCUCCCCUCACGCUCCAAGCCCAACUGGCUCUUCUCGGCCCGCGAGAUCGAGAUCGGCAGGCAGAGAGUCAACCCGGCGGACCUCAAGAUCCACGAGGGGUGGUUCAAGUGGCGCGACGUGCUGAAGUGGCAUACGACGUGGCACGCGUGGCUGUUCCCGCUCUACUUCCUCUUCAUCGUCCAACUCGGCCAGUCCGGCGGCUCCAUGAUCUUCUGGGUCAAGAGCUACAACGUCAAGGGCCAGAAGCCCGUGUUCAGCGUGGCGCAGAUCAACCUCAUCCCGCUGGGGAUCAACAUCCUCAACAUCUUCUGCGCGCUCACAGCGUCCUGGAUCGCAGACAACCUUCCCGGCGCGCGUCGCUGGCCCGUGCUCGUCGGCGCGAACCUGCUCGCGACCGUGUUUCCUAUCGCGCUCGCCGCGACGCCUGUGCACCCGGUGCAUAAGGGGUCGCGAUGGGCCUUGUACUACCUCACGGCGCUCGGCACGUGUACCGGCGGAAUCAUCUGGACGGCGGUCAACGAGACGAGCCGGCACGACCCUGAGAAGCGGGCGUAUGUCUCGGCCCUGAUGAACGCCAUUGGAAACCUCUUCCAGGCGUGGAUCCCGAUCUUCACCUUCCCAGCCAACAAGCAACCGUACAUCGUGACGGGCAACUACGUCAACGCGGGGUUCGCCUUCGGCGGCGUGCUCAUCUCGCUCGUGAUCGCGUACUUUGACGAGCGGGAGCGGCGGCGCCGAGCCGCUGAGGGUGAGGAGGGGGCCGGCGGGGCAGACACGGCUGUGGACGUCAAGGGGAUCUAA